UGGAGGUCUGGAGGAGCAGGAGAAAAGAGAACCAGUAUUAAAAAGAUCAAGAAGCAUAAUGUCUAAGGUCAUGCGCAAACACAAUGAUGAGGAGCUUGCUAAUGGAAUGACCAAUAUCUUCAAAUUCAGCAGAUCAACACCUCUGCUUCUGCGGACUCAAUUCCUUCCGAAAAUGGGGAACCUGCAUCGCAAAGCCCACCAACUGAUGACAGCCCAAGCACAAAUCAAACCACCUCAACUGAUGGAGAGGGACCAUCCACUAAAUGCAAUCUCAUUUCCUGCAAGGGCAAUCAUCAAUAAUAUAGUGUGUGCUUCUUACGCAAUAAUAAUCUGCAUGGCAGUCUACAGCAAAAUGGCAGUGGAACUUUUGAAGGACUUUACUUUGGUUCAGUGUACACAACGGGAAAAGGACGGCAGCGUUAACAACCAAUUUGCAAUUUCAAAACACUGCACAACAAAGAAUGGAGCUCCAUUGGAAAAGAACAACAUAGUUUCAAAGCAUUAAACAAUGUCAUGGUCAUAAUGAUAGAAUGAGAAAAACAACAAAUGCACACAAUAGAGCUGCUCACAUACAACUGCUUUCGCAUACCAACUGGGAGGAUCACCGAUAACCAAAAAGGACCAGCUCUUCAUUUCCUAUAUGUAAUAUUGCUUGCACGGCUGCGUUGUAAGAUCUAAGCAUUUUCACCACUUGUCACUGGCACUGAAACAAGUAAAGCUGGGUU